AGCCUCUUCUUCAACCAAGGACCGACAUUGUACUUGGCGCCAUGGCUUUGGCUCCGGUUCUCCUGCUCGCGUGGGUCCCACCUAUCACGUGCGCCCGUCCUCACUCGCACGUGUUUCUUCUCCGCGGGCUCCAUGCUGGCCACUAUUUAACCGCCCCCGCGACAAAGAGAACCUGCAUCCCUCGCCGGAAAAUGGAAACCGCCGCCUUACCCGCCGUCGAGCUCCGAUCGGGGCUUCUCCAAGUCCUCCGUAGCCGGCGCUGCAAUCCUGAAGUUUCUCUGACCGUGGAGCUUGGGAAGCCUGUGACUCAUCCUAUGUAUCAGGGAAACACUAUUUUAGGGCGCAGUGAGGCAAUGGAGGCGUGUCCAAAAGAGAACAUACCUGACUUCAAGGAGAAAUUGAUAGAAGAAAACCUCUACUUGACUACUGAGGAAGGGGAGCAAGGUCGUUUACCAGUUCUGAUCCUGAGCUUGAGGGAAAGUCCGCGGAAACAAAGACCAGCCAUUGUGUUCUUGCACAGCUCCUAUAAAUGUAAGGAAUGGCUGCGGCCAUUGCUUGAGGCAUAUGCGUCAAGAGGAUACAUAGCUGUUGCCAUUGAUUCACGUUACCAUGGUGAGCGGGCAAGCAGCACAAACACAUACCUGGAGGCUCUAGUUUCAGCUUGGAAGAAAGGUGAUACAAUGCCUUUUAUUUUUGACACGGUAUGGGACCUGAUCAAAUUAGGGGAUUAUUUAACGCAGCGGGAGGACAUCGAUCCUGCUAAGAUUGGGAUUACUGGUGAAUCACUUGGAGGAAUGCAUGCAUGGUUUGCUGCUGCAGUUGAUAACCGUUAUGCAGUGGUUGUCCCUAUAAUUGGUGUUCAGGGUUUCAAAUGGGCAAUCGAUCACGACAAAUGGCAGGCUCGAGUUGAUAGCAUAAAACUUGUCUUUGAAGAAGCACAGAUUGAUUUGGGCAAGAAAGAGAUUGAUACAGAGGUGGUGAAGAAGGUCUGGGAUAGAAUUGCUCCCGGUCUAGACUCACAAUUUGAUGCACCUUACUCAGUUCCUGCAAUUGCUCCUCGUCCUCUCCUCAUUGUGAAUGGCGCAGAUGAUCCACGGUGUCCUCUUGCUGGUUUAGAAACUCCUGUUGCUAGAGCAGUUGAGGCUUAUAAAGAUGCUGGUUGUCUAGAAAAAUUUCAGCUGAUAGCCGAGCCAGGAAUUGGGCAUCAGAUGACAGCGUCGAUGGUCAAGAAUGCAAGUGAUUGGUUUGACAAGUUCCUCAAGUGACCUGAAAUUUAGUCAAUCAUAAGUUUGGAAAGUUUGCUUUGUUGUUCACUUUGUUGUCUUUCUAUAUUUUAUAUGUUUGUGUUGAUCAUGUAAUGCCAAACCUUGACACGCCAUAGAAUUUUAGCUAUGGGAUUAUGAGAAUGAGAUGUAUUUUAUUUAUAUA